AUGUGCCACACUUCAGUAGCAGUCGCACUGCUCUUCGUUCUAUGCUGCCAUCAGAUCACAAGUGAGUCACACACAUUCCAUAACUAUUGUUCAUUACAUCUUCACUAAUGUUUCUAGGUGCCAGCCUUAUGGAAGCAGACACUGCGAUCCAACUGCCCCGUCGGAGCGCCGAGAUGUACUGGGUAAACCGGGCGAUGCCAAACAAGUUCCGCAAGUAUCGGACCUACAGUAGGAAAAGUGUUUCCCGGUGGAAACGUCUCUAUCCGCUUCCAGGUGUCCUCCAGUCGAUGGCGCCGGAUGAGAAGAAGCGCUACGGCGAGCGAUUGAAGUUGCGUCUUGCCGAACUCACUCAGCUAUGA